GACUUCCUUGCCACUCUACGUCAGAAGGAACAUCAACUGACCGAGUUGUUACAACGGCACGCGCAACUGGUCUCACACAAUCCGAAUGUACCCGAUCCGCAAUUGGACAGCAUCAAGUCGGACUAUUAUUGUUUACUGACUCGAACCGAGGCUCGUAUACGAAAAGCGCAGUUGAGACGUAGUUCAGUCGAUUUCGAAUCUUUUCCGGCACGGGGACCGGUACACCGUGAAAUUAGCCCCGAAAUACGUGUGAAUGUGUCUGCCCUAGGUCACGUGAAUGGCUCUUUGAACGAGUCUGAGAUGUUGUAUGACGUGCGAUUCGGUCCACGAAAUAGUGGAGGCAAUCGAGGCAUUGCCAAGUGUUUCUGGCCGUACGAUCAUAGCUGGGACACGGCAGACACUGUCCCGAAUAAAUCACGUGCUCCACGUCAAACCGGACCACUCAAUCGGAUCGAUGCGCUGGUUCAGCAGUCCGCCAAAACGGUGCAACACACAAAAGUUCUCAAUCAGCUGGCUCGGUCCGUGCGUAAAAUAAAUGAAGAAUUGACCGGAGCUGAACUAGAUGACUACAAGAGCUUUCGAAUGCGUUCUGGCCCGAUGGAUGAAUUGCCGCACCAAAAUCAGCGCGGAUCGAGUAUGACCCGACUGGCACAAUCGUAUAACACGAGUUUGGAUAUGAUCCAGUGCGAGCAGAAAACUGGAGAGAUGGCCAAAGAAGGCACAACAGUCCUACAAUUAAAGGGAUUUCUUUUCUCGGAAGGUCCAGAUACAACUCGUGCAUGCACGAUCCAACCGGACUAUUGCAUCACAGAGUUACUUUUGUACUAUUUCUACUAA